AGAGAUGGCGGCGCUCUGUGAGACUUUCCUGUCACUGGAUACUACUACUCCGGCACCUCCUCACCGCGGCCGGAGUAAACCCCCAGGUCUUUGAGUUUACAAGUGGCAAUUUGACUGGCUCUGCUGCAUGUCUGGAGGGACCGAGGAAAGUGUGGACACGCCCCGGGGAUUCAGGGACCGCAGCUUCAAAAGAAAACAAGCCAAACCAACCAAGCAAACUCACCCACCCUAAGCCAGCAUGAGGCUGCUGGAGAGAAUGAGGAAAGAAUGGUUCAUGAUCGGAAUCGUGCUGGUCAUCGCCGCCGCGAAGCUGGAACCGUCGAUGGGGGUGAACGGGGGACCACUGAAGCCAGAAAUAACUGUAUCCUACAUUGCCGUUGCGACAAUAUUCUUUAACAGUGGACUGUCAUUAAAAACAGAGGAGCUGACCAGUGCUUUGGUUCACAUAAAACUGCAUCUUUUUAUUCAGAUCUUUACUCUCGCAUUCUUCCCUGCAACAAUAUGGCUCUUCCUCCAGCUUUUAUCAAUCACACCCAUCAAUGAAUGGCUUUUGAAGGGUUUGCAGACAGUAGGUUGCAUGCCUCCCCCUGUGUCUUCUGCAGUGAUUUUAACCAAAGCAGUUGGUGGAAAUGAGGCAGCUGCGAUAUUUAAUUCAGCCUUCGGAAGUUUUUUGGGCAUUGUUAUAACACCUCUGCUACUGCUGCUUUUUCUUGGCUCAUCCUCGUCUGUGCCUUUUACAUCUAUUUUUUCACAGCUUUUCAUGACUGUUGUGGCCCCUCUCAUCAUUGGACAGAUUGUCCGCAGGUACAUCAAGGACUGGCUGGAGAGGAAGAAGCCCCCCUUCGGUGCCAUCAGCAGCAGCGUGCUCCUCAUGAUCAUCUAUACCACAUUCUGUGAUACGUUCUCCAACCCCAACAUUGACCUGGAUAAGUUCAGCCUUGUUCUCAUUCUGUUCAUAAUAUUUUCUAUUCAACUGAGUUUCAUGCUUUUAACCUUCCUCUUUUCCACCAGGGAGAACUCGGGUUUCACGCCAGCAGAUACAGUGGCUAUCAUUUUCUGUUCUACACACAAAUCCCUCACAUUGGGAAUUCCAAUGCUGAAGAUUGUGUUUGCGGGCCAUGAGCAUCUCUCUUUGAUAUCCGUCCCCUUGCUCAUCUACCACCCAGCUCAGAUCCUGCUGGGGAGUGUAUUGGUGCCAACAAUCAAGUCUUGGAUGGUGUCAAGACAAAAGGGAGUGAAGCUGACAAGGCCAACGGUAUAAGGAAGGCAGCGCACUCUACGUAGCAGUGUACAUAUGUACAGGAUUGGACCUACGGAUCAUUCUGAAGACUUGUACUCGUGAAUGUUGUUCCAAUGCACAUUUUUAUUUUUUUAUACAAAAACACGACACACCUGUUGAAGUGCCUUACAUUGCAUUUGACUAGAGCGUUAUUUCCAAAUGUGCUUUGUUGGUGACUGCCAGAGGUUGUACAAUAUUUUGGAGUGAAUUUCUUUUCUCCUGAUGCAGGGAAACAGUCGUAGUAAAGUGACAAAAAGCUCACGUGCUUUCCCAGUACCACUUUCUGUGCAAUGCAGCUCCGUAUUAGCUACUGGCAUGCUUGAAAUGAGGUCACAGCAUCAGGAAAUCGCCCUCCUGAUGACAGUGAAAACUUCCAAAGUCUGCUUCCCAUGUCCUUUGAUUUGCUGUUGAGUCUUUCUUCCUGCCACUGUGACAUGCCUCUCCCCAGUGAGCUCAGCGGGAGUAACGUCUCCAGUAGACACUGAAAGGUGCAAGGGAGCCCUGCCUCGCCUCACAUCAUCUUCUCAGACAUUCCUUUAGGAGUUGGCACAGAAACUCCUCAGUCCCAUUCCAAGAGAACAUGGUGUUCUAUGUCUUAAAUUUAUUAUAAACCUCCUCAAAGACGGGGCCUAAUGUUGGAGCUAUGAGUGAAGUUUUGAGGUAAGCUGCAGGAUUCGGUUGGCAGGGUUACAGUUACAUCUCCAUCUGUUUUUCUCUUGCUUUGAUGACAUCUUCCUUACCUGUUCUCCAACCUACCUGCACACUCAUUCACGAGACACGAAUGAAAGCAUUACUGUCAUUUUGAGAGCAACAACAGUUGACAAUAAGUUGCGUUCACAUUCCACGUCUGAGACCAACAUUUCUUUUUCUGUUACACAGAUGUGCCAAACACUUUCCAAAUUGCCCUUUCUACAGCCAGAAGCAGCCUGUUACAUCCUGGAAUUAAGCAUACCUAAGGCACUCGAGACAGUUUGUUGAUGAGAACUUCCAUGGCAGAUUUCACAAAUGCUUGCAACAUUUUAAGAAAAUGGUAUUAAGAAUGUUAUGAUUAAGAAAAUCAUAUUGCUUUUAAGAAUAAAUGGAAAUAUGCAGGUCAUCAGUACAAAUACUACAUACACACAUUCUGUCCAGCCAGAUGGAGAGAAAAAACAUCGCCUUGCCAAAAUAGCAAGUAAAAUUACUUCUCAGUUGGAUAUUAGAUUUCAAAGGAUAUGCACUUCUUGCUUCUGAGUGAGUACGAGGGUAUCAG